GCAGUACAUAACCUCCCCGACCUCCCCUCACCAGACGAACCCAAACGAAACAUCACAACGCAGCAUGUCACACCACACGAAGUUUAGCUAAUGCACUUAUCUUCGCUCCGAAGAUAUUUACUAACAACAGCGAACACCCUUACUGACGCCACUAACCGAUUCCCCGAACCAAGCCAUCCCACUCUUCGCGGGAUAGUCGACCGCAACACAAGCCCAUUGGCUCACGGCAGCUAUUCGGACGCCGUAAAUCUUAUCUCUGACAAGCAAAUCUGAGCGCCAAGCCGAGCCAAGAUCAAUUUAUCGGCAGAGAAAUCUCCUUUCAGGCGUUUCCCAUGUCUAUCUUAACAGGUCUACGAGUCAAGAAUGAAAGAUGGGGUUGGGUCAGAGAGAUAUGGAGAGAUACGUCGAUAGUUAGAGUUUCGCAGAUGCCAGCCGUAUCUACCCGAUGAGGUAAGGCCAUGGAAGAUUGGAAGUUCCUUACGAAGAGGACUGAACAAUCGCCUUUGUGGCAUGCAUGGGUCAGUUGCACAGGUUGGAACUCUCUCCUCUCUUAUCGUUCAUUGCCCGUCACCCGCGGGGAACAAAUCACCGGAUCUGUAAGUACUUGUGGAGUCUUGUAUAAGUAUACAGACUUCCCCCGCAAAUGGUUUCUUUUAAGUUUGCUUCCCUCAGUCAUACCCCAUCUCUCCUCUCAUCAUGGAUCCCGAGAAGACUACCAAAGCGCCCUCGACACGAUCCGUGUCAGAUGAGAAUGGCCCAGUAUGUGGUGAAGUUCACGUCGAUCCUGUCUUCGGACAGACUAAACGUGGCUUGUCAGGUCGUCAUGUCCAACUCAUGGCUCUUGGUGGAAGUAUCGGAACAGGACUCUUCGUCGGAAUUGGUGGCUCUCUCCGCUCAUCUGGUCCUUUAUCACUGGUACUCGGCUACGUCGCGUACUGUAUCGCCUUUAUAUGGCCCUGCAAUCUGUGCGUUGGUGAAAUGGCAACCUAUCUCCCUAUCCGUGGAUCGAUCUUCGAAUUCGCGAAACGCUAUGUUGAUGAGGCAUUUGGAUUCGCUCUGGGAUGGACGUACUUCUACACCGCUGCUAUGCUGCUGUGUGCCGAGUUGUCGGCUGUUGCAACUGUUAUUUCGUUCUGGGAUGAUAAAACCAAUCCAGCUGCUUGGGUCGCAUUAGCCCUAGUAGUUAUGAUUGCCGCAAACGUCUUUGCAGUCCAGUGGUAUGGCGAGUCCGAGUUUAUCAUGGCUUCCACCAAGAUCCUCCUAAUCAUUGGUCUCAUCCUUUUAACCUUCAUCACAAUGGUGGGCGGUAAUCCCAAACACGACGCCUACGGCUUCCGCCACUGGAAAAACGGCGAUUUCAUCCACGCAUACUGGACUACCGGCUCCCUAGGCGAAUUUCUCGGCUGGUGGAAAGUCGUUCUCUACGCCGCCUUUUCCGUCGCAGGACCCGAUCUUCUCGCCUUAGCAGCUGGCGAGAUCGCCAACCCACGUCGACAGAUCCCUCGAGUAGCAAAGCGCGCGUUCUACCGUAUCGCCGGUUUCUACAUCAUGGGUGUCUUUGCCGUCGGAAUUCUGUGCUCGAGUCGGGAUCAGAGAUUAUUGGAUGCGCUUGCGGACGGCUCAAGUGGUGCAACUGCCUCACCUUGGGUGAUUGGAAUCGAGAACCUAGGGAUUGAAGGUCUACCGUCACUCAUCAACUUCCUGAUUCUCCUCUCCGCAUGGUCCUGCGGAAAUGCCUACCUCUACGCCGCAUCGCGAACUCUCUAUUCCCUCGCGCUCGACGGACAAGCCCCUCAGAUCUUCAAGAAGUGCUCAAAGGCUGGCGUCCCGCUCUAUACCGUUGCUGUACCCUCUCUAAUCGGCUGUCUUGCAUUUAUGGUCGCAUCAUCCUCAUCUGUUACCGUCUUCGGCUGGUUCGUCAACCUCGCCACCAUCGGCUUCGUUCUCUCCUACACCGGCUACCUCGUGACUUUCAUCGGGUGGUACCGCGCUCUCAAAGCCCAAGGCAUUUCCCGCGACACGCUCUCAUGGAAAGCGCCCUUCCAGCCCUACACAGCCUACUUCGCGAUCGGAACCGGCUGCGUCGUAGUAUUAUUCUCCGGAUGGAACACAUUCAAGCCGUUCGAUACGCAGGGAUUCAUCACGAGUUAUUUCGGUGUGGCGUUUGCGAGUUUCAUGUUUGUGCUUUGGAAGGUGAUGAAGAAGACGAGUUUUGUGAAGGCAGAGGAGGCGGAUUUGGUGACUGGGAAGGCGGAGGUUGAUGAGGAGUGUAGACAUUGGGAUGAGGAGCCGGAGAAGGAGAGGGCGGAGAUGACGAGGAUGCAGAGGGCUUGGGAUGCGUGUUGGUAGUUGUCGUAUUGUCUCACCUUGGUUAUUCAUGUCGAGAAUGUAAUUGGAUAGCCUUGUAUAUGAAUAGAUAAUAUUUGUGAAAUUGUCAGAAUGAGAG